AUGGGCUGCGGCAGCCCCAUACCCACGACUUGCGUGCAGACAGCCAAAGCCCCGAGGGCAUGUGAGCCCGGCCAGCUCUGCUGCUCAGUCUCCGGUGUCGGGACUUUAAUGGCAGAAUCCUUCAUACCAGGGGCCACAGUGACAGCCACCACGAAAGAUGGUUCACCUAAAACCAGUGACGACGCCAAGACGACCACAACAGCCGAACUAUCACAACCCACAGCUGGAGUUACCAUCGCCACAAAGACGAGUCUUCUGCUACCUGGAAUCCCUUCGGAAACAUCCGGUUCCUCUGGCGAAGCCUCGCCUGCUGCAAUUACAGGGGCUAUCGUCGGAGCACUUGCCUUUCUUGGCAUCUUGUUAGGUGUAACCGUCUUCAUCUGGAACCGGGCCAGGAAAAAGAAACGUCUGGCUCACGAGGCUGCGAUUGGAGGGCCAGUGACGCCCAUGAGAAAGAGAGAUAGUAUGACACCGUUCCAUGCGGGGGCCAUCAAUGUUCCUGUGUCGUCUGUUUAUGAUUACGGCGGCCCAUCGAAGAGCGUAUCGAGAGGUGAUUCUGGUGUUUUGGAAGGGGCGAGUAGGCCUCCUCCUCGACCACCUAGAAGUCCGGCCAGGGACAUGAACGUCACCGAGGGUGGUUGGAUUUAG